AUGCCGAGUGUAACUGAAAUUUUCAGAUUGUUAUUUGGGCCUCCAAAAGAGCGACUCGACACAAACGAAUUACCAAGGUGGGUAGAAGCCCAUAAAAUUAAUGAGAAAUGCGUGCAUCGUAUUACUCUCUCCCGUAUGGUGGUUUCACUUUCAAGAAAUAAAAACGUGUGGACUUUUAACUCAACUUUUUCUCGGAGACGUACUUGGCCAGAAUCAUAGUUUUCUGUUUUAUCGUUUUUUGUUUUUACUGUUAAAAACCGUAGCCUGAAUGUCUGUGGAUUAGUCAUCAGAUAAAUUAUAAUGAACUACAAAUGCAAUGCAAGAAUUAGACUAAAUGUAUCAACUUGAAAUAAAUUUCUAUUUUUGACUGUUCCUAAUCCAGAGAAAUUCAACAGGAUUUUGAUAACCUUUAUGGAAGGGGAUCAGUGCUUCAUUUGGAGGUAGAACCUCCAGAUUAUCACGAAGAAUGGAGAAUAUAUGGUGGACAUAAUCCAGAGCAGGGAGAUCUUGAACACUUUUUUCAUUCCAGUGAGGGUGAUUUCCUACAGGAGUUUGAUCAGAUGUUUCAGAACAUUUUUGAACGAUUUCUUGGUGAUUUUAAUCCACCACCCCAAGGUUUGUUUAGCAGUCUUUCGCCACUUUUGAUUUUGCCUUAAAUUAAGUUGCGCUUUCCCUGAAAGCAACCUUACAAGGAUUUCGUUGUGUAAUUGGUUGACCAGUUGAAAUGCAUCUAAACCUUUAGAAGAAGAAAAAUUGAAAUACAAUUAUGAUAAGGUGCUUUGUCUUGAAAUGAAUUAAUAAGUGUGUGUACAUGUACAGUUGACUGAGUGCUGUGAAAUUAAUAUUUUAGCCUGAAUGUUAAUUCAGCAUAGAGGAGCUGAUGAAGUGUAUUGGCAAUUUUUCAAUCAAAUAUUUUCCUCUUGGUGAAGGUAGAAUGCAACAUACAUGUAUCUUUAAAUUUUUUAAUGCUAGAACUUGACAGAUCUAAUAAAAAAAUUGAUAGGAAUACAGGAAAAUGUCGAUACAUUUUAACAGACUGAAUGUUUUUUUGAUUAACACUCUGCAUGCAGUUACAUUUCAUCAGAUAUUAAGCCUGACACCCAGUUAAUUUGAUAGAAUGGCACUCUGUCUUUUUGCUGUUUACAGGCUUCAUUCACCUCUGAGGAGAAAACACCAAAAUAGCUUAUAAUUUUUAUUGGAUUCUGCAUUAAAUAGCUUUCACAGUAGUGGAACCUAUUAAUAGAUAUUUCACUUUCAUUGAUGAGAAUUGUGGCAGUUUCCUGUAAGUUGUAAUUUUAUUUGUGUAGUGUUUUGAAGGAAAUUUCACCAUCCAGUUUUUGUAACCCUAGCAACCAGUAAGUGUAAACCUUGUUUUGUCCAUAACAGCCUUACCACCAGGUUCACCGUCAGAAAGGCCACAGGAAAAUUUUUCUCAACGCCCCAAAUCCCUAAGGGAUAGAAUGCUUAAAGGCCCUGAUACACCUCAUGGCAAUGAUGACCUCCCUGAUCAGGUAAUUCACACUCAACUACAAUUGUUAAUUUUGAACUGAUUCAGUUGUGUUAGUCAGAGUUACUAUUAGUAAGAGGAAUUCUUAACUCCUGUAGAGUACUUUUCAAAAAACUUAAUAAUUGAAGAAAAAAAUAAUUUGGUUUUAUCAGCUGAAUUGAUAAUAUAAAUUAGCCACCAUAGAGAGUUUCUGAAGCUGACAUUUCAAGCUAUAGCCCUUUGUCAGGGCAAAAUGGAAUGUCAGAAUGUCGGCGUUAGAAAAUCUUCGCAGUAGCCAAUUUAUAUUACCAACUCCGUUGAUAAAACCAAAUUAUAUAACAACCCCUUUCUUUGUUGCACACCACAGUUUCUGUAAGAAUGUACCCCUUUUACUUUUAGAAAGGGCUGUCAAUAAUUUUCAUUGUCUCAUCUCUUACACCUCUGUAUAAUAUUAUUAUGUUUUACUUUGAUUUAGCUUAGAGACAGUCAGUUGGAUGGUCCUCCCUCUCCUCCUUCUUCAUUUAUGGUAAGUCAGAUAACAACACACUAGUGUUAUCAAAUUGUCCUUUUGCUUUGUCAAGGAAGGGGGGGGGGAGCAAUGAAACUCUUACUAUUUAAUAAUUAGUGAUGAUAAAGUUGGGCGCAAAUAUAAGUUAGCCAUCAUACUGCUGUUAGGCAAGCUACACACAGAAACAAUGUCAGUCAGUUUACUUUAGAUAAAAAAUUUGCAAAGUUCAUUUUCAAUUGUUAGGUGAUAUUUUCUAAUCCAAAGGGCAUUUAGAGGGGGAAGGGGACUGGAUCAUACAACACAUUACUGAAUGGUGUUAGUAGAUUUCUUUUAAGAAUGUAAUUAACUUUGUUCUGUCAGUCUCGAGUUUGACAGUCAGAACUGCCAGUUGAAAGAGAAGAAGAAUGGUUAUCAUAAUGUUUCAGAUUUGCUUGGGCAUUUCCAACACCUAUUUUAUUUUUUUCAGUUUGGUGAUUUCUGGAAAUUACCAUUUGGUGGAUUGAGACAUCCUGAUCAAAGAGCUGACGUAGGUGUGUAGAAACUCAAAUUGGCAGAAUAUUGUACUUGUAUAUUGUAAACUUUCUCAACUGGAGGGGGGGGGUAUUAAAAUUCAAAGGGUUUUAGAUUGGGGGUGUAGGUAUAUUCAAGAGGGAGGCUUCUCAGAGAGGAGUGACUUUUUAAUUUAAAUUGAGCAUCCCUGGUAUCCCAUAGUUGUGAAAUAAGUGAUACUCCCAGUUGCUUGUUCCCUAGUAGAACCAGGAUAAGCUCGGCCUGGGUGGGUCACUUGGUUGGAGUUCAUCUUUAACCCUUUUUCUCCUUUACUUCUUUUAAGACCUGGAUAGGCAAGUUGAAAUGGGAACCCACAGCUUGGAUGACAUCCUUGCUCCUAGGGAGAAUAACCAAGGAGGAAGGCAUAUCUCACCACCAUCAUCAUCAUCAUCAUCAUCAUCUUCUUUUUCAAGUGUAACUAUUAUGGAUUCAAAUGGUGUAAGUAGAAUAUAACUUGUCUUUUGUGUAUUCUUUUCAGGUCUGACAUUAUUUACUUUCAUCAUAUUUUCUUCUGUUUGUCAACAUCCUAUGUUAUUUUUGUAUUAUAAAUUGUUGAGAUUAAUGUGUCUGACCCCUGGUGAAAAUCUUUCAAGGAUCUUUAAGGAUCUUACAAGAUCUUCAUGAGGAUCUUCAUGAGGAUCUUCAUGAGGAUCUUCAAAAUUCUUGUUAAGAUCUUCAAGGAUCCUUCAUUUUCUUGCCAAGAUCUUCAAGGAUCUUUGAUUUUCUUGCCAAGAUCUUCAAGGAUCUUUGAUUUUCUUGCCAAGAUCUUCAAGGAUCUUUAAUUUUCUUGCCAAGAUCUUCAAGGAUCUUUUAUUUUCUUGCCAAGAUCUUCGAGGAUCUUUGACUUUCUUGCCAAGAUCUUUAAGGAUCUUUCAUUUUCCUGUCAAGAUCCUUGAAGAUCUUGUCUGGAUCUUCAAAGAUCUUUACAUGAACUUUGAAGAUCCUUUAAAGAUCUUUACAUGAACUUUGAAGAUCCUUUAAAGAUCUUUAAAAAUUCUUUGAGGAUCUUCCAAAUUCUUGUUAAGAUCUUUGAGGAUCUCUCAUUUUCUUGCCAAGAUCUUCAAGGAUCUUGUUGAAAAUUUUGAAGAUCCUUAAAAUCUUGGAAAGAAAAUAAAAGAUCCUUAAAGAUCUUGGCAAGAAAUUGAAAGAUCUUUGAAGAUCCUGGCAAAAAAAGAAAGAUCCUUGAAGAUUUUGAUGGCCAAAUUUAAGAUCUUUGCAAGAGAUUUGAAGAUCCUUAAAGAUCUUGACAAGAAUGUCAGUGAUCCUUGAAGAUCCUGGCAAGGAAAUGGAAGAUCAUUGAAGAUCUUAGCAAGAAUGUUAUAGAACCUUCGAAAUUUUGACAAGAAAAUAAGCAUACUUAAAUCCUCAUACUAAGUUAAAAAGAAAAAUUGAACCAAACAUAAAAAAAUGAAGAUAAAACUUUUUUUAUUGCUAAACGAGAAUUACCCAUCCUUUUCUAGUAGGACUACUUCUACACUAUUUCUGUUCAGAUUUUAGGUUAGUACUAAGAUUUUCAUUUUCCAAAAAAUCUGGCAACAGUCCAGCUCAAAGAUAAAAAGACCAAAAUAUAUGUGUUAAACUUGUCUAGGACUAGACUAUGACCAGACUAAGACUACUCUUACAGAGGGGGUAAACAUGAAAAAAAGGCAAACAGGAGUACUUCAAUGACUAUAUUUCUGAACCAUAUUAACCUAUAUACCAAAGGAAAGCUUAGGAAUCACACAUACUGAAUAUAACUAAUAAGUUGCCCUAAACUAAUUUGUUAUUUGACAUCAGAUCAAUUUGUCUACCACAUGGUGUGAAAAACCUAGGUAUACUUGAGAAAAGAUAACUGCACAAAGAUUGCAUGAAAUCAAGUGUUUUUAGUGUCAAAACAAAGUACUAGGCUCGUUCUUUUGGAUGAGCUAAGGAACGUUUGGAGUCGUUUAUAUUAUGGGCACAGUGCCCGUUCAAAAUUCACCGAGAUUAUUAGGUGAGUUAUUCCACAAUAUCUAACUUAAAAUUCAGCUUAUGGAGAAACUGUCAGCUUAUCCAACUCAACUCAGUAAGAGGAUACAGCCCUGAAAACUUCAGAUUAAUUGAACUAAUACAUCCUGAGGUACAAAAUAAGUGUUUUCGGGAAUUCAUAUGACAACCUCUAAAAGAGCUUUUUAAGUUGGUUACACAGAACCAAGUAAAUUCACACCUUCUUCAGAAACAUGUCCUUCAGUGAGCGUCGAGGAGAAUCUCUCUAGAUCGAUAAGCCUGUAUCCUUGUCCCUGUAACACAUCAUUUGCAUCCUCACUCUCCAAGAGCUCAGAGCAAGAAUCAUUAGACGAGGAUGGCAUCUUCAUUUUCUUUCCAGAAGUACCAAUGAAUUCUUUUCAUUCAGCCUCAGAGUCAGAGCAAUCGCGAGACCUGCUUGGAGUUUGAUUGACGAUUGCGGUUGUUUCUGUCUCUCUUUUCGCUUGUUUCUGAACUCCAGAAAACGCCUUUCCUUUACUUUUAUUUCUGUGUACAUUUUCCCCUUAGUUCCGACCAUUGUCGAUGAUAUUUGCCGUAACAACGAGCUUCUUAUGUUUUUAUGCGACCGUUAAAAAUCUAGGCGCGUAUAAAUUCAUAUCCCAUAAUGCAAAACCCUAUUUACUGUCAUGUAAGUUGUAACAAAGUUUCCUUAAAGCCUCAAGCAUGGCGUUGCUAUGCGGUAACCUUCAUUACACUUAUUGCACAAUACUUUUCUGCGAAAAUUCCUUGUUGUGUUUAAAUUAUCCACAUCAAAUCACAUUAUCCACAUAAAAAAUCAUGAAAUGAAUCUUUUAAAGAUAUUUGGAAGAUCCUUUUCAAUUCCUUGAGGAUCUUGAAGGAUUGUAGAACAGAUCGUGCAAAGAUCUUGACUAGGAUCCUUGUAACUCCUGAUCAAAUUCUUAAGGAUCUUAGCAAAGAUCUUAGCAGGAUCCCUGAAAGGUUCUUUUGAAGGUCUUUAAAAGAUCCUCAUUAAAUCCUUGAGGAUCCUGAAGGAUCCUUGAAAAGAUCCUGCAAAGAUCUUGACUAAAGGAUCCUUGUAAGAUCCUGAUCAAAUUCUUAAAGAUCCUGGCAAAGAUCUUUACAGGAUCCUUGAAAGGAUCUUUUGUAGGUCUUUAAAAGAUCCUCAUUAAAUCCUUGAGGAUCUUGAAGGAUCCUUGAAAAGAUCUUGCAAAGAUCUUGAGUAGGAUCCUUGUAAGAUCCUGAUCAAAUCCUUAAGGAUCCUUGCAAAGAUCUUAAUAGGAUCCUUGAAAGGAUCUUUGGAAGGUCUUUAAAAGAUCCUCAUUAAAUCCUUGAGGAUCUUGAAAGAUCCUCAAAAAGAUCCUGCAAAGAUCUUGACUAGGAUCCUUGCAAAAUCCUGAUUAAAUCCUUAAGGAUCCUUACAAAGAUCUUGAAAGGAUCCUUGAAAGGAUCUUUUGAGGGUCUUUGAAAGAUCCUUGAUAAAUCCUUGAGGAUCUUGAAGGAUCCUUGAAAAGAACUUUGCGAGGAUCCUUAUGAGGAUCUUUGUAAUAUCCUUUGAGGAUCUUUAUCAAAUCCUUGAGGAUCUUAACAAACGUUUUUGCUUACAAAGAUCUUUGAGGAUCUUUUACAGAUCCUUUAAAGAUCUUUUAAAGAUCCUUGUCCUUAAGGAUCUUUGGCAGGUCUUUGUCAAUCCUUGAAGAUCCUCAAAGAUCCUGUGAGGUUUUUCACCAGGGACAGUCCAGAGAGGGUGUGACACUCUAUUAGGCUAUACCACAGUUCAAUGAAAUUUUUGAAGCAAUUUCUACGCUGUGAAUUCAUGGGCAGCAUCCAUGUUGUUUCUUGGAAUUCAACUGUAUCCUACCUUGUGACAAGUGAUUAAGAGGAGACUAAUAAAAUGACAAUUGUAAUUUAAUUGCCAACAGAUUAAGGUUUCUAACCUGUCGAAAUGUAUGGAGAGAAAAUACCCUUACUAACUACUUUAGAAUCCCUCAGAAAAUCCUUGGGAAAACACUAAGAAAUUUUAGACACAAUGCUUUUCUACCUGGUUGUGGUUGUUUUUGUUGUUUUUUUUUUCAUGCAGAAAUGAUCCACAGGGAAUUUUUGACUUUCUGUUUGUGAUUGUUUUACACAGGUCUUGCUUAAAUCUUGAAUGUCACUUCUAAAACUAUGUUUCCAGAUAUAUCUUGUGAGAUUAUUUUAAAUUGCCUUGGUGAUUGCACCACAGCCACUCUGUGUAAAAUUUAAUUACAAGUAACCUUUUAACUCAAACAAGUUAUGGGAAUAGAAAAAACAUCAAUCAGGGGAUUAUUAGUUGAUCCAAUACCAAAUUCUCUUAACUAACUUCAUAAGAAAUGUUAUGACAGACAGUGAGGUGAACUACUAAGGAGAUCUUGGGUGUGAAAAGUUAAGAAUUCUGUGUUUUUGAACUGUUUUUAAUCAUUUCAUACUCUCUUGUCUCAGAUGUAGGACAAGUGGCUACAUUAAAACAAAGUAUUUAUCUUCUUUUUCUUAUUGACAGAUUUCUGAAACAAAAACCACAAGAAGAGAUUCUAGUGGGAAAGAAGAGGUGAAAUUUAUACACUUUGCUAACUGUGUUUAUGUUUUACUCUUUCCUCCCAUUUUGCUUUAUUUUACUACUGGUAAUCUUUGUUCUCCUUAGGAUGUGAUUCAUUAUUCCUGCAGACCAAAGCCUUGGUUUUAAUAAAAACAAAUUAUGAAAUUAAGACACCAAACACAUUUUGAGAUUCUAAAAGAGUAGCCUAACUUUUGAAAGAUGUGCCAAAAAUUUCACUUCAUAUGCGGCCAUUUUUAGUACUGCUUAGCAACCUAGCCAUCUACCUGUCAUUCAACCACCCUUUUCCCUUCGUUUACAACUUUGAUCGAAUAAUUAGGAACUGCUCAGUCAAGAAGGUAAAUAGAAGUAAAUUAAUAUGUAUAUUUCUCAAUUGGCACAGAAAAAGAAAUUGAUUUCUGAAGCAUACCUAAUUAUCCUGUAAAAGUCUUACAUCUGCCAAACCCUACUCUUGGUAUAGUAGUUUACAAGGUUUGCUUGAUUUUCUGCAGGUGACAAUAACGCGAAGAAUUGGUGAUGAAUUGCACACUAUUAGAAGGAGAAAAGACAGUUCUGGGAAUGAAGAGACAGAGGAAGAUACAGUUAACGUAAAUAGUGGUAAGCACUUGUGUGCAAACAAGGGAUUAUUGCCUCUAUCAGUGCAGGAGGCCUUAAUUGUUCUUCAGUAAGCUGUGAACUACAAGAUCAGCUUUGGGGUUACAUUCAAAACUCAUCACCUUUACCUUGAUAAUUCCGGUCUUAAAUAAUUUUUUAAAGCUUAGUGGCGUAGAAGUAUGUGCCGAUGUAAAUCUCCACCGCUAGCCAACACUGGGGUAAAUAGUUGUUUCGGUAUUUACUAAAACAGUGAGAUGAUAUGACACAGGGAUGAUUAACUCAUUUAUUCCUGCAACGGAGUUAGAACAGCCAAUCAGAGCGCACCUCUGAUGCUAUCCACUGUUUAUCUGUGGGUGAAUUUCCUUAACGCUCUUUUUUAUAAUUCAAUCUAUUUGCAGAAUCGUUUCCAUACUUGUCGGAUGGCAAUGCCUCAAACCCACAACCAUCCUUGUUCUCCAUAGUCGAGUCUCUCAUGGAAGACUUCUUCCCCAGACGAAGGUAGCACUUUGGAAUUUCCGACAGGGAAUUAAACAUUUUGAAGUCUCAAAAUUCAAGCCGUUGUGGAAAUUCACGUGUAGUUUAUCACGCACAGAAACAUCUUUUUCUGGCAGUUGUUAAAUGGGAUAGAGAAACGUCGUGGUCAAACGGGAACGUCAGUUUUAUUGAAAUCUUUCACUUGUGCUGUGGGAGUGUUAUUAUCACCUAAGAAUGAUUUUCGAGGAAUGUUAAAGUAAUGUGGGAUUGCACCAGCUCUGCCUCUAUUCGCUCUGUGAUUGCUUUUGAAUUAGCACCACUUUCCCAACCAACUGGAUGCAAAACUAAAAUCAAUCGCGACUUGGUCGGUCAUUCGCGUGUUUUGCACGUCAGGAAGUUUGCAUUUAAUUAACUUCUUUUGAUAACUUUAAUAACUUUGUUUGAUUUACUUUUUGACCACUAUUUGAUUUCUUAGUGUUUGACUUCACGAUGCUCAAAUGAAAAGCGCUCUAUGCAAAUACAGUAUAGUCCAAAAAUACAUAUUUCCUUAUACCCAUACAAAAUGUUUUUCUCUGUAAUACACGGUAUCGAUGGGGAAAAAAGCUACAGGCUCCAAGAAACGUCAGUUUGAGUGAGAGAACAAAAUUUUGGAAAUUGCAUAACAUAGUACCUUAUCAGCUUUAAGUCUGAUUCUCAGUCUGACUGCGGAAGCUAUCUUAAUUAACAGCAAACAAGGUAACAACUUUUAAAUUGUUCUGUUUGUUAAUGCUGGAGACCAGAAUAAAGGAAUACAGAGCAGAGUAACUACUGACGUGUGUGUGUGUGUGCAUAUUUGUCAAUUCUUUCCUUUGUGCCUAACGUCGUCUUAUUUUUUCUCCUAACUUUCUCAACUUCUCCAAGUAGCCCUACGCAACUGUAUCUUAGCAUUCUCUCGUAUCGUUGUAGCCAUGACUCCAGCUUUACAAUUAACAAUUGGUUCAUACGUCAGCGUGCGUUCAUCGAGAUAUGAAGCACGCUGGAAGUUUAGAGAGCACGAAAGAUGCGUAAGAGUUGCUCGAGGCGUAGCCGAGAACUCUAGCUUCUUGACGUCAUGAGCGUGCAAAAUAGGAAUAUGAAGCACGCUCGUGCAAUUGAAUUUGAUUAGACAAAUUUACUAGCUAUGUUAUAAAAGAAAUUGAUAUGCGUCAUACAAUGGAGCUUGAGGUCGAAUGGAAAAUAUAGCAAGGCUAAGG